AUGACGAGCGUCGCCGCGGUGCCGCUGCAGAGCCAGCCGACCGUCAGCCUGCAGGACUUUGCGAACCGCGGCUCGAGGGAGGCGGCGCGCAAGCUGCGCUCGGGCGGCGAGCAGACCGAGCUCGCCUUCAUCGAAUGCUCGUACACGCUGACCAUCGCGCCCAAGAGCCGCUGGGCCAAAUUUGUGCCGCUGCCGGCGGCGGAACGGUGCUGCGGCGCCAAGGCGACGGAGAAGAGGCUCGUCUCCAACGUGUCCGCGUCGGUGUCGGCGGGACACGUCCUCGCCGUGAUGGGGCCGUCGGGCGCGGGCAAGACCACCAUGCUCAACAUGCUCACCCUCGACCCUGGCUCGGGCAACGCGACCGGCUUCCUCACGCUCAACGGCCACCCGCUCACUCCGGCGCUCUACGCGCAGCACUGCGCGUACGUGACGCAGCAGGACCUCCUCUGGACCUUCCUCACGUGCCGCGAGCACCUGCGCAUGGCUCUCGACCUGUACCGCCCCUCGCUCUCCGCCAAGGAGCGCGAGACCGCGAUCGACGACCUGCUCGACUCGACCGGUCUGAUGAGCUGCCAGCACACCAAGGCGGGCAACAUGUUCUUCCGCGGGCUGUCGGGCGGGCAGAAGCGGCGCCUGUCGCUCGCGAUCGCGCUGGCGAAGCGGCCAUCCGUCAUCUUCCUCGACGAGCCCACCUCGGGCCUCGACUCGGCCGCCUCCGCCAAGAUCAUGAAAUUUAUGAAGGAGAUCGCGAUGCAGGCAAACAUCGCCAUCGUGUGCACGAUCCACCAGCCGUCCGCGUCGGUCUUCGAGGGCUUCGACGACACGCUGAUCCUGUCGAGCGGCCGCAUCGCCUACUUUGGCCCCGCGGCGCAGCUGGCGCAGCACCUGAAGGGCGUGGGCCGGGAGCUUCCCGCCAACGCCAACCCGGCCGAGUACGCGCUCGACGUCGUCAACGCG